GAACAUAAGCUCUUAAUCAUUUAUCUUAUUCUUCAUUCUUGGACUUGUUAUAUUCAGAUUCAGCUGCUGCUGCUUCACAUUUCCAUCAGCCCAUCAAGGUGAUUCUUAUGUCAAGUAGAUAUGACUGUUGAUCAUUAAUGAAGUUCUUGAAAUUACUUAUUAUAAGAGACUUGCAUAUUCAAUAAUUGGUGAAAUUUCCUCUUCAGUGCAAAAAUGGUGAUGGCUCCUACUGUUAAAGUGAUUUUAGGCUGUCUAGCUUUUGCUGUAUUUUGGGUUUUAGCUGUUUUUCCUGCUGUCCCUUUUAUGCCCAUUGGAAGAACAGCAGGAUCUCUACUCGGUGCCAUGCUUAUGGUUCUUUUUCAAGUUAUAACACCGGAUCAAGCUUACGCAUCCAUUGAUCUUCAGAUUCUUGGACUUCUAUUUGGGACAAUGGUUGUAAGUGUUUAUCUUGAAAGAGCAGAUAUGUUUAAGUAUUUGGGUAAAUUGCUUGCUUGGAAAAGCUGGGGAUCAAAAGAUUUACUAUGCCGAAUCUGCUUGAUAUCUGCGAUUUCAAGUGCUUUUUUCACCAAUGACACAUCCUGUGUUGUUUUGACUGAAUUUGUACUAAAAAUUGCAAGGCAACAUAAUCUCCCACCACAUCCGUUUUUAUUAGCACUAGCUUCAAGUGCAAAUAUUGGAUCUGCUGCCACGCCCAUCGGUAAUCCUCAAAAUUUGGUAAUAGCGGUCCAAAGCAAGAUACCGUUCGGGCAAUUCGUACUUGGGAUUGUGUCAGCAAUGUUGGUGGGUAUUUGUGUAAAUGCUGUAAUACUUUUAUCUAUGUUUUGGAAGUUGUUAUCGGUUAAAAAAGACGAAGAAGAACCACCAGUGGAAGUAACCCCUCAAGAAGAUGUGAACUUCCAUCGUUUUUCACCGGCUUCAAUGUCACAUGUUACAUCUCAAAAUUCACAAGAACUUACUGCUUAUUUGGAGGCCACGAGUGUUCAUAGCUCCCCCGCUGUUAAUGGAAAUGCAGAUUAUACUCUCAGGAAUCGCUUAGGUUCAGGUGACACACAAGUUCUCCCGAAUGACAUCACAGACAAUGAAUCAAUGCAAAAGAAGGAUGAAAAAGUUGUUUCAAGAGUUCCAUCAAUGAAUGGGUUCGUGAAUGCAGUUUCUGACUUUGGUUUGGAGGAUAUUAAUGAAAAGUCUGCCAAGUGGAAGAUAAUAUUAUGGAAAAUAGGAGUUUAUGCUAUUACAAUUGGAAUGUUGGUUUCCUUUCUAAUGGGGUUAAACAUGUCAUGGACUGCCAUUACCGCGGCAUUAGCACUUGUGGUUCUUGAUUUCAAGGACGCUCGCCCGUGCUUAGAAAAGGUUUCUUAUUCACUGUUGGUAUUCUUUUGCGGAAUGUUUGUCACCGUUGAAGGCUUUAAUAAAACAGGAAUCCCAAGUGCUGUAUGGGAUUUCAUGGAACCUUAUGCCCAAAUUGAUCACAUUAGCGGUGUAGCAAUUCUUGCAGUUGUGAUAGUAGUACUAUCAAAUCUUGCUUCCAAUGUCCCAACAGUACUUUUGCUUGGAGCAAGGGUAGCAGCAGCUGCGGCUACUAUAUCACCCGAAAAGGAGAAAAAAGCAUGGCUAAUAUUGGCAUGGGUUAGCACUGUAGCUGGAAACCUUUCGUUAUUGGGAUCAGCGGCCAAUCUUAUUGUUUGUGAACAAGCUCGUCGUGCUCAAAGUUUUGGGUACAAUCUAACCUUCUGGUCUCAUCUCAAAUUCGGUCUUCCUUCAACCAUUAUAGUUAUAGCUAUUGGUCUGGCACUUAUACGGGGAUGAAGAUAGAAAAUUUAUUGGGAUUUCAAUAGGAUCUCCACUUUUAUAUGAUUUCCAUUGAGGUUUGUGUAAAGUACAAUAAAGUUUACUAGAGUUUCAAUCAAGUGUUUAUAUUAUUGGUUUUGGUGUCAAUUAGUUUGUGUAAGAUUGGGACAAUCAUGUUAAAAUGAAUACUCCCAACACCAUGUCUCCAUGAAUAUAUAUAUAUACGGCUUGUUAUGAAGUUUAACAUAGUUUGAUAACUA